CUAGGGUUGCUCCAAAUCGUACCAAAUUGAGAAAUGCUCGAGCCCGCAUCGCGUAGCCCAGGGUGCAUGCGAGGCCUGAAGCUGGGGACCAACACUAGCCAGUCUGUGCUCCACAAGAACGACUGCGGACGUAGACAAGACGGCGAGAUAAAUAUACAGUCCUCCCCGAGUGCUAGAGCCUCUCAUCAUCCCACUGAUAACCAGACAUCCCGCUCCACAGUCAUCCUUCUUCCAUUCCUCAUCCCUUCCUGUGUAAAUGUCUCCUACAUCUACCAUCACCAUGCACAGACACGCUGCCUACCCAUAUGCCAACCCGGCUCCCACCACCACAAGAUACUCGGGCACCUCCUCAGCCUUCUCUGCUUCAGCAAACCCCAACGAAGACUGGACCAAGAUUUCAGAUCUUGCUGAGCGCAGGCGGAUACAGAACCGCAUUGCCCAACGCAACUACCGCAAGAAGCUCAAGAAGAGGCUCGAAGACUUGGAGCGUCGUGCUGCCUCGAGCUCAGCUUCACCUGAGCAGAAGCCUGCUGAGCUGCAGCCACCACAGCGAUCCCCGCGCCAGGAGUUUCCUUCUCCGUCAUCUUCGGAAUCCUCGUACACCACCCCACCUGCCGAGGAUCGCAUGUUCUCGCAUCAGUACACACGCCAGCUUUCCACCAGCCCACCACCUCCCUUCUCCGUAGCGUCGUAUUCGUCGGCAUACCCAGCACCAGAUGCAGUUGCAUACUCAAUGCCGUACUCCACCUCGCCCUACCACACAAUACCAACCACCCUCACACCGGAGAUGCCGAGCUACACUUACCUGCCACCGCCUCACUCGUCCUCGUACUCGACUGGCCUACCAAGCCUUGUGCCGAGCAUGAAGAACGAGUACUACGCCGACGAAGAUACGAGUCCCUUUGGCGUGGGCUACGCGGCUAUUUGCGGGAACGACAUCCUACCACCACACUCUUACGCAGACUCUGUAAGGAUCCCUACUCGCCAGCCCUACUAUGCAUGAACGCCCGACUCUUGCACUCUCUGCUGCUGCUUGGACGAGCAACCGCUGACGGCCGCCGGUAGACGACACUACCUUUCGACUUACCAUCGACGCCACGGACACUUCCGUUGCAUGCGCUCUCCACCAUGUGAAGAAGCGACGGUUGGGAAGGCGCUUUGACUACUCUUCUUUGCGAGACACUGUCUCUCUCUUCUGUG